AAUCCUUGAUAGUCCAUAAAAAAAUUUCCUUGAUAAUCCCACUCAAAGCAACCAAAAUCCUCCUCCUCCUCCUCCUCCUUCCCUCUCUCUUCUCGCCCUCUUGAUUCUCAAUCUUCUCGAUAUUCAGAGCAAAAACGUGAAGGGAAUGUUGUUGUUCUGAUCAAUACAGUUUGGGAAAAGGAGAACACUGUCCAUAGAAAGUGUAAGAAAAUCAAAACAGAGGAGGAUUGGAAAAAAAAACAGAGAGGGAUGGGAGGUAUGACAUCGUCGAUGGCGGCGAAGUUCGCCUUUUUCCCACCGAACCCACCAACGUACAAGCUGAUAACGGACGAGCUUACUGGUUUGUUGCUUCUUAGUCCCUUCCCUCACAGAGAAAACGUUGAGAUUCUCAAGCUCCCAACAAGGAGAGGUACCGAGAUUGUGGCAAUUUACGUUAGGCAUCCUAUGGCAACUUCUACUGUGCUCUACUCUCAUGGAAAUGCGGCCGAUCUGGGUCAGAUGUACGAGCUCUUUAUUGAAUUGAGCAUCCAUUUGAGGGUUAAUCUCAUGGGGUAUGAUUAUUCUGGGUAUGGGCAAUCAUCUGGAAAGCCUAGUGAGCAGAAUACAUAUGCUGAUAUUGAAGCUGUAUACAAGUGUCUUGAGGAAAGUUAUGGUACCAAGCUAGAAGAUAUGAUACUUUAUGGCCAAUCUGUUGGAAGUGGCCCCACCUUGGAUCUUGCUGCUAGACUGCCUCAGCUAAGGGCGGUUGUGCUUCAUAGUCCCAUACUGUCAGGUUUAAGAGUCAUGUAUCCUGUAAAGCGUACAUAUUGGUUUGACAUAUACAAGAAUAUUGACAAAAUUCCACUCGUGAAUUGUCCAGUUCUUAUCAUUCAUGGAACUUCAGAUGAAGUUGUUGAUUGUUCCCAUGGGAAGCAACUCUGGGAAUUGUGUAAAGAGAAGUAUGAACCGCUUUGGUUGAAAGGAGGCAACCAUUGUGAUUUGGAGCACUAUCCCGAGUAUAUCAAGCAUCUGAAGAAGUUCAUAUCCACUGUUGAGAAAUCUCCUUCUCAGCGAUUCAGUUCUAGAAGAAGCACAGACCAAUUCGAGCUGUCCCGGAAGAGUAUUGAUGUUUACGAAGUUUCAAGGAAGAGUACUGAUAGAAGGGAGAAACCGAGGCAGAGCACUGACCGGCAUGAGAAACUGAAAAGCCCGACCAUUAAUCCUGAUAAGCUAGAAAAGUUGAGAAUGUCUUUCGAGCAAAUGGAAAGGGCCCGGAGGAGUGUGGAUGUCCAUGAAAAGUCCAGGAAAAGCAUUGACCACCAGUUGGAAAGAGGACGAAAAAGUGUCGAUCGUUUGGAUAGAAUACGAACUGGGUAGUACUUCCUAAAACCAACUGUAAAAUUUUAUGAUUGUUCAUUGGUUUGGUGUUGUGGUUAAUCUAUUUGUUCUCUCUUUUGCAAAUCAUUGUGGUUGUGGGUUUUGUAGUUGGCUUUUGGUGUGUCCUUAUAAUAACUAUGGCAGGAAAUGAGAUAUGGUUCAGAAUUACAAUGGCA